AUGUCCGCUCGAGGUUUCGAGGAUCACUACGGCCACGGCGGGCACGUUCGGCGCCAUUCGUCUGUGCUGCAUGAGAAGAUCCCCGCGCCCUUGACGCCCCGUCGCAAGCCGGUCCGCAGCCAGAGUACGCGGGCAAGUAAUGGCACCGUGAGCACAACUAUGAGCGUCUCGACUGGCAGAAUGUCCCAGGCAACCAAUAUCACGCACCCUCCAUCGUAUUCAAAGAAGUUUGUGGUUGUGGGCGACGGAGGCUGUGGCAAAACUUGUUUACUGAUCAGCUACUCCCAAGGCUAUUUUCCGGAGAAAUAUGUUCCAACCGUUUUUGAAAAUUACAUCACCCAGACCACGCAUAAUCCGUCUGGUAAAACCGUUGAGCUAGCACUCUGGGAUACAGCCGGACAAGAGGAAUACGAUAGACUCCGUCCUCUUUCCUACCCAGAAACAGACCUUCUCUUCGUGUGUUUUGCGAUUGACUGCCCGGUAUCGCUCGAAAAUGUCAUGGAUAAGUGGUACCCUGAAGUACUACACUUCUGCCCCACAACCCCCCUAAUCCUCGUCGGUCUCAAAUCCGAUCUCCGAUCGAAACGUACCUGCAUCGAACUGCUCAAGAGUCAAGGGUUGACGCCAGUAACCCCUGAACAGGGAAGGGCCGUCGCUCAGCGAAUGGGAGCGCAAUAUGUGGAGUGCAGUAGUAAACAAAUGCGAGGCGUCGACGAGGUCUUCGAGCUCGCGGUAAACACAGCCGUUGGCAUUGAAGACAACCAUUGGAGUGCCCGUGACAGUGGCGCCCAGCCGAAUGGGAACGGCGCAAAGAAAAUCAAGAAACGAAGUUGCAAGAUUCUUUGA